GGAAAAAGAGGUUUUUGUAGACUUUUGUUUUGGGUUAAGAUUCGGUAUUUUCAUUGGUAUUUUAUUUGGUGUUUUUAGUUGAUGCCUCAAAUUUGAAUCGGAGGCUGUAAAUAGGGGGGUUUUGCACCACUUCCGGUGACUGUCUCUGUAUCUAAAGUUGGUUUCGAGUUACUUUCACCGGAAACGGCGAUUGGCUCACCGCCUUCCUCAUUCACCGGAGCAGAACCACCAACUCAAUGUUCUCUCUCUCUCUCUCUCUCUCUCUCUCUCUCUCUGUGAAUUGAACCCAUGAACCCUUCUUCUUCUCGCCCAUAUUCCAACCCAUCUUUCCCUUUCCUUCCUCCAAACCCCUUUUACUCUCACCCUCAGAACCCUCCGCCUCCGCCUCCACCUCCGCCCAUCGCCGACCUGUCCACCACACUCUCGUCCCUCAAAAGCCUCAUCCACCUCUCCCACCAAACCCUCCAAUCCCUCUCCACUCUCCUCCCUUUGAAGCCCCACAACCCCAAUCACAUCCCAUGCAAAUCCCGCCAACACCACCCUUUUUAUCAGCCUUCUCCCCAUUCCCUUCCCGACUCCGAUCAACUUUGCUUCUCUUUCGACAACGCCGCUUCCAAUUAUUUCUACGACGAUUACCCGGGCGUAGUUCGCUUCUCCAAUCCACGUGCUGCAAAGAAGACCUUGACGAUUCCGGGCUUUUUAUCCGUCGAAUGCGCGAGAGGAGAGAUUGAGGGGCUUGGGGAGCAGUGCCUUUUCAGGAUUCUUCCAUCGGAGCUGCUGGCGAUUCGAGGCGAAAGCGAGGCCUGGAGUGAUUAUCCGAGUGCCUACUCGUGUAUUGUUCUUCGUGCGCUUUCUUGGGGGACGAGGAUGGUUAGAGAGCGUGAUUUGAUGAAUUGGGUGAUUGCCAGUUCCCCGCGUUAUGGUGUUGUGAUUGAUGUCGCUAUGGCGGACCAUAUUUUUUUGCUAUUUAGUCUGUGCCUCAAGGCUAUCGUGAGGGAGGCUUUAAGUUUGGAUGGGGAUGAGAACAAGGGGUGUCCCGUUUUGGUUCAGGCAUUGAUUUGGUUCGCAUCUCAGGUAUCUAUUCUGUAUGGGGAAACGAAUGGCAAGCUAUUUGCAAUUGAGAUGCUUAAACAGUGUAUAUCGGAGGCUGCUGCGCGGGGGUUGAUGAUGACUGAGUCUCCUACUCUGAAAGAAGAGGGCUCCCACUCUCAGAAUGAACUAAAUCCCACUGUUACAGGAAAGGUCAUUUCUGCGUCACAAGUCGUUGCAGCGGUUGCUGCAUUGCAUGAAUGGGCUUUGUUCGAAGAGAAGACUAAGGGUUUUCGGGUUUCUCAACCGCUAACAAUGGCUGAGCAUGAAUAUAUGUCACAGAAAGCUGAUGAGGAGCGGAAGAGACGUCCUAACUACAGGCCUAUAAUUGAGCAUGAUGGACUUCAUCGACAAAGGUCAUCUUAUCAGGAAGCAAACAGGACUAAGACUAGAGAGGAGUUAUUGGCUGAAGAAAGGGACUACAAACGCCGAAGAAUGUCAUAUCGUGGCAAAAAGGGGAAGAGAACAACUUUACAGGUUACGAGGGAUAUAAUAGAGGGAUACAUGGUGGAAAUCAAGAAAGCUGGAGGGAUUGGGUGCUUUGUAAAGGGAACUGAAGAUGGAGGAAUGUUUCUAUCUGAAUCUCCUUCUGCUCAUGACAUCACCGCCAGUGUUGAUGAGCCAAUAGGAAGCAGUUAUGCAGGAAACGGAGGUAGCCAAUAUAAUAACAGGACACAGUCACACUCUGAUUAUAUUAAGAGAUCUAAGAAUUUCAAAGAUGUUUCUCCUAAAGACUAUGAGCAGCCAAGACGAAUAAAUGUAGAUCAGAGAAUUGUCAGUCAGAGCAAACAUGAUAGGGAAAAUUAUUCAAGAAGCCCAGAAAGAUACAAAAAUCGUGGCCGGUCACAUGCCCGAAGUAGUCAUCUAUUGGAGCAAGAUGAUCUGGAGGUGACCAGAAUCCAGCAUCGUGAGGUUAAGCAGCCAUCUUCUGGCAUGUCAAGAUAUGGUAAUAGUAGAUCAUCUUCUUCUGUUUCAAAUUCUGUGAACGAUGUAAGUGUGAGAAAGGAUGAACAGAAAUCAAAAGUUGAGCAUAGACGGCUAAGGAACAGAUAUGAAAAUGUUAGUUCAGACUUUCUGAGACAAAAUGCCUUUGAGGAUCGAUACAAUCCUUCGGAAUCCCUUGACAUGUAUGAAGAUGAUCUCUCCACUGGCAUCAAGCGUGUCAGACAAGAUAAAUUAUGUCUUGGGGAAUUCCAUGACCAACCUAGCCGCUACUCUGCAGGAAGGCACUCUCCUGACUACCAUGAUAAAUCUGAGUAGCUUCACCAUUUGAAUCUUAAAGUCAUCAGGCCUCAGCAAUUCUAUCUACACUUAUAUCCUCCUCUGUAUCCUUACCUGUUUUCUUUUGUUUGAUGUUUAGCUCAUUUACAUCUUGUAAGUGGUUUGCUAUCUCCUCCCCUUUUUUCCAUCAGAAUAGAUGCACUGUUAAAGGAAGCCAAUGUCUUAUGUCAUUUCCCCACAAUCAUCAAGAUCUUCAGUAGCCAUUCGUUGCAUCAUCAUAUCACUCUUACUGCAUUGUUGCAACCUGUAUUGACAUUAUCUAGUAUCUUUUAAUGUAUUUGUGACUCACUGUACGAGUGUUUUUUUUUAUUGGUGCUUGUUUGGGGUAAGUUACUGUGUGGUCCUUUUUAGAUUUGAAUGAAAAUCCUUACUUUGUGGACAAGAUGAGUGAAAUGUAGAAACCCAGAGAACUGAAAUAAAUAGGGGAAAAGUUAAAUGAUCUUUCAUUGGGAUGUAGAUGCUUUUAACAAUUAGGAGAAAUUUAGUUUGAAAAGAAAAAAUAAUAAUAGAGAGGUAAACAUUUGACUUUUAUGUUCUGCUUUUUUAUUUUUUGCAUGAGUAUGUUCCAUAUGUUACACAAAAUCAUAUGGGAAUAUUACAACUCACAUAGAUGAGCACAUCAUCAUGCACAUAUGACUAUUUUUGUCUGUUAUUUUGCUGUAGGGCAGUCAUUUGAAAUCAAGCCCUGCUCAUCAAAACUACUUUUGGCUCUAUUAUUGAUGUAGCCAGGGAUCAUAUGACAAAAUAUUUAUAAAUUUGAAAGUUGGAUGGUAUAAGAUAUAAGAUAGGAAGGGCCAAUAUUAUUUGCAAUAUAAUUGUAAAAAAUGUGUGGGGUAGUCUCUAUUGUAGUAACCCUUCAAAAAACAAGGAAAAUUAUUCUAGUAGAAGAUACACAUUUUAUUGUUCUUAAUUACUAUUUGAUAUAUUCUGGAAUUGGUAAUCUCAAAAGUUUAUAAUCUUGUGAACCCUAGAGUGGUUCUGGCAUAUCUGAAGGCUUUAUAGUGUUAUUAGGUUUUCGACUAGAAAACACAGAUUGCAGUUUGUACGUGUUUAGAAACUGCCUACCAAAAAAAAAAAAAAAAUUCGUAUAGCAAAGAAUAUGUUUUGCAUAUACACAAUUUUAAAUAUUGUUUAUAUUGUCUGAACACAAAUAAGGAGCUAUACAUACAAUUGGGGGGGGGGGGGGGCGCAUAUGCAUAAACCCUUCCUAUCUUGAUGAAGGCAGGAUUCAGUCUCUACUCCCGGUAAAACACUAUUCAAACUGUUUUUACCCUCUCUUUGUGAUAAAUGAUAAUAAUCCCCAUUAUACUUUAUCAGAAGAUUACUUUACACCUUCCAGUAGUAUUUUAUGAUUGAUUAGACUUGUAUAAUUACACAAUUAAAGCAGCUUUCUCUGCAUUGUAACGAAAUUUACGUAGGGUAAGUGAUCUCUGUUAUAUAUUGUUUCGUUAUUGGAAGUUCUAGCGACUAAAGUAAUGUACAUAAUAUAUGCACUGAAGGCCAGUGGGUCAUAAUUGGCUAAGGAAAAAUGCUACAAUCUGCAUAGAGGUGUAAGGAGAUUCAGGGUAGACUGUGGUAUUGCUGCAUCCUUGAUAUUUCAUUUCAAUGUUAUAUGAUCUACUACUAGCAGAAGUUUUCCAAUGUUCGGUGGACUUGCAUAACUUCAGAGCUUUUAUCUACAUGUUUUAUAUAUAGGCAAUGCCUAUCUUGGUUUGAAUUUGCUCAUAGCUAACCUUGUUUCUUGUAGAUUACGAAAACAUCCACAUCUUUUGUCAGAGAUAGUUGGCGAGGAUACUGGAUAUUUUGAAGCUUGCUGUCUGCUCUUUUAACCACAGAUGGGAUAACUCUUAGCUUCUUCUCCACUGAAAUACAAGUACAUUUUUAGUGUAUAUUCAGUGAUGAAAGAAGUAUGCAUCUUCUGUAAUGUCUGUACCUCAGAUUUUGGUUUCUGUUUGGGGACCGCAACCUCUAUCAUGUACUCCAUUGUAAGAGCAUUUCCAGUGAAUUAUCUAUUCGCAACUUUAAGUUAGAAUAGAUAACAAAAAUGCUAUAAAGAGACUCUAUCGGCUUA